AAAAAAAUUAGACAAAGGCCGCGGAUGGUGCCUGCUAAUUUUAAUGUGUCGCGUCGAAAUUCGUAAAAUCAUACAAAGAAACUUUCGUUUAGUAGCAGAAGCUAACUAAAAAAAAAAACAAAAGAAAGAAAUAGUGUCGAGUGCCGAAGAACCAUGGAAUGCGGAAUCUAUACAUUAGUAAUCAUACAAUAAAUUAAACCAAUCAACGUCUCUAUGUUAUCUUAUCAUUUUUCAUUGAAUGGAAAAAAGGUAACCUUGCCAUUAGAAAAGUUUAUUCAUACAUAUUUAGUUAAUGUUUAAAUAAAGAAGAGAAAAAUUAAAUUUACAACAAGUGGCUUUCUGUGAAUGUUACCGGCAAAGACAAAAACAAAGUGUUUUCUGGCUCAUCAUUUUGUCUUAUUAUUUGUUGUUGUGAUAUUGAAAUUUGUGUAUCGUCGUGAGGCCAAGAAAUCAACAAAAUAACAACAAGUAAAAGCAUACCAUCAUGUCGAUACAACGUCAACAAGAAGACGUGGAGAAUGGCCUUUAUCCACAGCUAAGACAUAGUCGGCCACCGCCAACACGCCAGGACACUGUGGAUCUGGAAGAGAUUCCAUUGCGUGAAAUGCCACCACAGGAACCAGAAGAUCGUCGCAGAAUAAAGGAUGUAUUUGAGCGGCAUGAUGCCGAUGCUGAUGGCAAAAUUAGCAUACAUGAGCUAAAAGGCCUCAUAGAAGCCGGUCUCUGCCGUGACAUUCCACCAAAUGUGGCCCAACAGAUCUUGAAAAUGUCCGAUAAUGAUAACAACGGCUAUUUGGAUUUCGAGGAAUUCUAUGCGAUGUCGAAACGUCACAAAUGGAUGAUCCGUAAUCUGCUGGCGUCCUAUUGUCGUAUGGUUGUACCGCCACCCAAACCCUUGGAGGGUGAUCAAUUGGAUGGUGCCUAUGAGAAACAGAUGUCCAUAUGUCCGCCGCCAUUGACUAUGGUGAUAUUUUCAUUGGUGGAGAUAAUAAUGUUUCUCGUCGAUGUUAUACAUUUUCAAGACGAUCCCGAGAAUAAUCGACGUAUUGGUGAGAGUACAAAUGGUCCUGCCGCAACCCUGUUCAUUUACAAUCCCUACAAACGUUAUGAAUCCUGGCGUUUUGUCACAUACAUGUUUGUGCAUGUCGGCCUCAUGCAUCUCUUUAUGAAUUUGAUAAUACAAAUUUUCCUGGGUGUCGCAUUGGAAUUGGUGCAUCAUUGGUGGCGUGUGGCCCUGGUGUAUUUGGCUGGUGUGGUUGCCGGUUCGAUGGGUACAUCGUUGACCAGUCCUCGAAUUUUCCUAGCUGGAGCAUCGGGUGGUGUUUAUGCCCUGAUUACAGCACAUAUUGCCACCAUAAUUAUGAAUUGGAAUGAAAUGGAAUAUGCCAUUGUACAACUGUUCGUCUUUCUCAUAUUCUGCCUCACCGAUUUGGGUACAUCGAUUUAUCGUCACAUCACCGAUCAGCAUGAUCAAAUCGGUUAUAUGGCCCAUCUGUCGGGUGCCAUUGCCGGUCUUUUGGUGGGCAUAGGAGUGUUACGAAACCUUGAGGUGCGUCGCUGGGAACGUAUUCUCUGGUGGAUUGCGGUUAUAUUCUUUUUUGCCUUAAUGAUGACGGGUACACUGAUACAUAUAUUUCUCCCAGACUAUUUUCCCCGACAAGAGUAUUAUUAAGAUAAUAAUGGUGAACUAAUAAUUGUCACAAAUGCAACAAUAAUGCACAAAAAAAAACUUUGCCUGUAUUUAUGAAACGAAAAUAUACAUAACACACAAAUUGUAUUGUAUUUUAUUUUUUUACCAAUAAUAGUUGUAAGUUUUUAAUGUGUGUAUGAAAGUACAACGAUAUAAAAAUGAGAAAUAAUUUAUAAAUUUAUAUAUUUUUAUACAUCAUAUUUUAUAAUAAUAUUUAUAUAUUAUACAAAAGAAAUGCCUAUAAAUGUUCUGAAAACAAAUUUUGGCACGUGGAGACGAUUUUGAUUUGGUGAUUUGCUAGAUAAGUUUUUUUUUGUCAUUGUCCGAAUGUUAAAUAUGAACAAAUUUUUUAAAUCACCAAAACUAAAUCGAAAAUAAAAUGCUUGUCAAAACCAUUGCUGAUAGAUAAUCAUCAUAACAUAAUGUCUUUAAAGCCAAAGUGCCUUUGGAUAUCAACAAGAAAUGACAAUUUGCUUUUAGUGUUCAAUUAGAGUUCUAAGAAAAUGUUGUCGAACAAAAUUGAAUUGAUCUAUGAUUUAGUAUACUAUAAUGAUCACAAAUUUACAAAUGAUUAU